AUGCCGCUGGCCAAAGGAAAGAAAAUGUUACAGUAUUUGCUGUCAUCUAGUGACAUUCAGCAAAAGCCGUUGCACAGCACUGCCUGCCUCAGUCUACAGAGCCACUCAGCAAACCUACUACAUGGGAUCGGCAGACUGGUUAUUGGCCAGAAUGGUAUUUUAUCCACACCGGCUGUUUCAUGUAUUAUCCGAAAGAUCAAAGCAGCUGGUGGAAUUAUUCUAACAGCCAGUCACAGUCCAGGAGGACCUGGAGGAGAGUUUGGAGUCAAGUUUGAGGUUGCCAAUGGAGGACCUGCCCCAGAUGUUGUUUCAGAAAAAAUUUAUCAAAUCAGCAAAACCUUGGAGGAAUAUGCCAUUUGUCCUGAUCUCAGAGUUGAUUUAUCUCGCCUAGGAAGACAAGAAUUUGAUCUGGAGAACAAAUUCAAACCUUUCCGAGUGGAAAUUGUUGAUUCUGUGGAUAUCUACCUCAAUCUCCUUCGAAGUAUCUUUGACUUCAAUGCUAUCAGAAGUUUGCUGACUGGACCCAACCAGAUUAAGAUAAGGAUUGAUGCCAUGAAUGGAGUUAUGGGAUCUUAUGUGAGAAAAAUCCUGUGUGAUGAAUUAGGAGCUCCUGCAAAUUCUGCAAUAAACUGUAUUCCUCUGGAGGAUUUUGGUGGACAGCCUCCUGAUCCCAAUUUAACUUAUGCAGCUGCCUUGCUGGAGGCUAUGAGAGGUGGAGAGUAUGGAUUUGGCGCUGCUUUUGAUGCUGAUGGAGACCGCUACAUGAUCCUUGGCCAAAACGGUUUCUUUGUUAAUGCAUCUGAUUCAUUGGCAAUUAUUGCUGCCAAUCUGUCUUGCAUUCCGUACUUUCGUCAGAUGGGUGUUCGAGGUUUUGGGAGGAGCAUGCCUACCAGCACAGCCCUUGACAAAGUGGCUAAAGUAAUGAAAGUUCCUGUAUAUGAAACACCAACAGGGUGGAGAUAUUUUUCCAAUCUCAUGGACUCUGGACGUUGCUCACUUUGCGGAGAGGAAAGCUUUGGCACUGGGUCUGACCACCUUCGAGAGAAAGACGGAUUAUGGGCUGUGCUAGUUUGGCUUUCAAUCCUAGCAGCUCGAAAGCAGAGCGUGGAGGAGAUUGUCAGGGAUCACUGGACAAAAUUUGGCCGGCACUACUACUGCAGGUUUGAUUAUGAAGGCUUGGAACCCAGAACUGCAUAUUUCAUAAUGAGAGACCUGGAAACUUUGAUCACUGACAAGUCAUUCAGCAAUCAGCAGUUUGCUGUGGGUAGCAAUAUCUACAGCGUGGAAAGAACAGACAGCUUUGAGUAUGUGGAUCCUGUGGAUGGCACUGUGACCAAAAGACAGGGGCUGCGAAUUGUUUUUUCAGAUGCUUCCAGGCUCAUCUUCAGAAUGAGUGCUUCUAGCCAUGUGCGAGCUACUCUCCGGAUCUACGCAGAGAGUUAUGAAAAGGAUCCUAGCCAGCAUGACAAGGAACCACAGGCUGUGCUGAGUCCUCUUAUAGCAAUUGCACUGAAAAUAUCUCAGAUCCAUGAGAGGACAGGGCGAAAGGGACCCACUGUCAUCACCUGAAGCCACAAAGGAUCAUUAAACCAGGGCCAAAAGAGGAACAGCAAGGAAGAGACAGGACCUUGCUGAAACAUGUUCACUGUUUGUGCCUUGUAUGAUUCAAAAAGUUUUCUUGGGGAUAGAGGGAGGGUGGGGAGAAAAAUUCAAUAUAAUAUUCAGCAUAUUCAGUUGCAUUGAUCUCCAAAGACAGUAGUGUAUUGACUUCUGUGUUAUACCUGCAAUAACUUUCUUUUAGAUAACAAAAUAACCAAAGAAAAAGGCCUUACCCUCAAAUGUUGUCAACAGCGUGACAGAAAGGGUGAACUGCUUCUUCUUGAAUGCUAUGACAAAUGUUGGGGAAUUUUUAAUUAGGCAGAGAGGGGGAGGGGUUGCAAAGAAAAGACAUGUUUGGUGAGCAUUGCUUGCGAUUCUUGUCACCUUCUUGUUGGUUUACAAAGACAUGUACAGAGCAUGUCUGGGGCCUAAGGGCUGUAUACUAAGCUUCGUAAGGGUGUAUUUGCUAACCUGAUGCCACUCCUCUCCUGUCUACACCUUUGCUCACAGAGACACGCUGGCAGCAGUGGUUGUGUACACACUUGCACUUGCUCCCAAAGAAAAGGGCCAUCCCUCAUUUUUUUUAACCCCUGCUUUGAAAACAUAUCAAUGUGACUUGUGCCUUCAGCUUUUUUUCUGAUUUUGAAUCACUUUUUUCUCCAAGGGGAAGCAGUUGUGCUACAGAAGCUGAGUGUGUCCUUCCAGCAAUAUGCUGGGUGUGGAACUCCAGCUAUCUUUUGCAAUAUUCCUCAUGUCAGCAGAUCAUAUCAGUGUUUACUAUGCUUGAAGGGUAAUCAUUGCAAGUUCAGUAAUCCUUCAUAAAGGAGUUACGGUGGAAUUUUUUUAAAUCUUUGGAAUUCUCAAGUUCCACUUACCACAAAUGCGUGUAUGAUGAAGGCAGAAUGAGACAAACGCUAUCGAAUUAAAUGGAAAUAUUGGCUAAUUGACCAGCUGGACUCAGCUUCUCUUAGAUUCUUUACAAUACGAAUCACAUAGGAUCAUAUAAUAGGAACAAAAAGUUGGGGAGUGCAAAGGAAGAAGAGAUGCCCCAGCCUAACUCUGAGAAGGAUAUGGAGGGUAUGGACACCAGUGUUUUUCUGCUUGUGAAAUGAUACUGCAGUUCUCGCUACAGUACUUUGCUCUGAACAAGAACACAAACACUUUAUGCAUGUGACUUGUUUGAAAGUUUUGCUUCCUUGAGAACGGUGUGGUCACUUGUAUCAUUUGUCAAGGUGGCGUUGUGCAACCUGCCUCUUUGCAGUGUGUUUCAAUUCAGUGCAGUUGUUGAAUUUUUAGUGCAAUUUAGAUAACGCAGUGAAGGAAAUAUUGUUUUCAUUUCUUUCAAUAUUUCUGUCAAAAAUUGCUCUGACAUUUAGUACAUAAUAAAGUGGAAUGCUGUA